AUGACGUGCGUCAUCGCCCAGCGUCCGUUGCGCGUGAUCGCGUCCAUCGCGGACGUCAUCACGGCUAUCGCGGACGUCACCACGUCCAUCGUGGACGUCAUCAUGACUAUUAAGACGGAUUAUGGGCUGGUCACCACCGAGUACGGCCAGCUGCAGGGCUACCUGCGGUCGUUCCAGCGUCACCAGGUGGCCGCCGGUCACGCGCUGCGCCCCGUCAAUGUGUUCCUGGGCGUGCCGUACGCCACGCCGCCGGUCGGCUCGAACCGGUUCUCGCCGACGCGCACGCCGUCGCCCUGGCGGGGCGUGCGCAGCGCGAUGCAGCCGGGCCGCGUUUGCCCUCAGCAGCUGCCGCCGCUGGAAGAGGCCGACGCGCUGCGGAGCAUGCCACGCGCCGUUUUCGAGCGUGUGCUGAGACUCCGCGGCCAGCUCGCCAACCAGAGUGAGGACUGCCUCUACCUCAACAUCUACGCGCCGGCGCACCGAGGGGCUGACCUGUACCCGGUGAUGGUGUACAUCCACGGAGACUCCUACCUUUGGUCGUCGGGGAACCUGUAUGACGGCGGAGUGCUCGCCAGCUACGGAGAAGUGGUCGUCGUCGCCAUCAACUACAGAUUGGGCCUGUUUGGCUUCCUGAACACAAACGUGGAGCGCGGCCGGGCGCGCGUGACCAACAACGGCCUGCUGGACCAGAUCGCGGCGCUGCACUGGAUCCAGGAGAACGUGCAGGAGUUUGGUGGCGACCCGGACAAGGUGACGCUGUUUGGCCACGGCACCGGCGCCGCCUGCGUCAGCUUCCUGCUCAACUCGCCGGCCGUCGUAACCAACCUGUUCCACCGGGCCAUCGUCAUGUCGGGCUCAUCGUUGAGCGGCCUCUCGGCCGUGCAGGACCCGGCCCAGUACGCAGUGGCGCUGGGCCGCCGGGUCGGCUGUCCGGUGCCCGGUGACCUGCGACUCGACCACGAACUGCUGGUCGACUGCCUGCGCGAACAGAAUGCCGAGCGUCUGCUGGCCGCCGACGUGGGCGGCUACCAGUUCCUGCCGACGUUCGGGCCGAGCGUGGAUGGCGUGGUGGUGCAGGGACAGGUGCGACGACGCGUGCGCAAGAACCACGGCCGCGUAUACGACCUCAUGUUCGGCGUGGCCGAGCGCGACGCGUUCACGCUGCUCUCCGACGAGGACGUGCGUGGCGGGGUGGAUGCCGCGCGCCGCGACCGCCUGCUGCGCACGUUCGUGCGCAACAGCUACUGCUACAGCAACGUCGAGAUCUUCUACUCCAUCAUCAACGCAUACACAAACUGGAGCAGCCCGCGCCGGCACGCCGCCGCGCUGCGCGACGAGACGAUUGCGGCGCUGAGCGACGCGGCGUUCGUGGCGCCCGUGACCGCCGACGCCGAGCUGCACGCACCGGCUGAGCCGGUCGAGCCGGUCGGUCGCGACGGCGACAGCACCUACUUCUACGUGUUCAGCUACGAGCGCGCGGCCGGCGCGCCGUCCCAGCAGGCGGGCAGUGUACACGGCUCGGAGAUACCGUACGUGUUCGGCCGUCCUCUGGUCCAGGAGACGACGGGCGCCUCGCAGUUCAGGCCCGAGGACAUCACCAUCAGCGAGAUGGUCAUGACCUUCUGGACCAACUUCGCCAAGACCGGGGACCCGAACCGGCCGGCGCCGCAGCCGCCACCUCACCUGCCGGAGAAGGAGCGCAGCCGCUAUCGGGCCUGGCGCCUGGGCGCCCUACGACCGCACCUACCGACAGUAUAUGGAUAUAGGUCAGAAGUUACGCAUGCGCAGUCACUACCGGGCUCGCCAGGUGGCGUUCUGGAAUGAGCUGGUGCCGCAGCUGCACGAGGCCGGGCGCCGCUCCCGCCGGCCCGAGUUGCAGUUUGAGGACACGGCCUCGCCGGAGGA